AUGAUGAGCAAUAAAACAAAAUGUUUUUAGUCUUAAUAAAUUAUAGUUUUAUAUGUCACUUUAAGAUACCUUGUUAAAUUAUAGUGGUUUACAGUUAUUCAAGUCCCGAAACCUACCUACCGUAUCCUGUAGUCUACAUGAGUGUUGAUGUCGAGGAAGCAAACGAAACACAACAACUGAUGCAGAAUGAGGGCGAGGAAGACGAGGCGAAGAUCACGCAGUCCGCGACGUCGCCCGUGACUAGCCACAAGAUGUCCAGCGGCGCUGCCAGCCUCACCUCGCGGACCCCGGGGCAGGCGUUUGCGAGCACAGGGAACAGUAUCAAUGACUCAACAAAGGUUUCCAUUGUGAACGAGAGGCGACUCCAUCGGGACCUGAUGCGCUCCAACUACAGUAACAGGCCCAAACACAUACCCAAAGAAGCGCCAGAUGUAAAACAUAUGGAAAAAGCACUUCUUGGUUUGUUAGAUGAUUUUCACUCAGGGAAACUGAGUGCUUUCAGUGCUGGCUGCAGCAUGGAACAGAUGAUCAACAUCAGAGACCAGCAGGAGCACUUGGCGCGGCUGCACUUCCGCCUCUGCGCCGACGUGGAGAAGCCAACAGAGGACAGUUUUGACAAAUCUACCUCCAGAUUUAAGAUGACACAAUUAGUCCAAAGUUUAGAACAGCUCUCAGCAUCCAUUGAGCACUUGCAUUCAGAUGGUAAUUUUAGUAACUAGCAGCAAUAAGUAGCUAAAUUGUACUCCUACAUUGCAAACAAAGUAGAUUCAUGUCACACUUUAAACUCGCAUUUUGCACACAUAAUUAAUGUCAUUAACGGGUCUAAUGCGAUUAAUUUUCAUUAUUUCAUUUUUUUCAUCCUUCAUCUAAGUUCAUCUAAGUUUACAUUAAUUAAUUAGAUUCAUGUCUACUUUUUAUUAAAAAAUACAUCUCUGAUCAUGGUGGUGAAUUUAACAUCACCCUCAAUUAGGUUUACCUAUCUAUAGUGUAAAUGUAAUCAAUGAUGAGAUGUUUGAUGUACCAUCAGGUCCAACCCCAAAGACGGAUUAAUCGGUCACCGACCACAGAGCAACAUACGUGCAUGCAUGUGCAUAAAGUUCAAUUUUUGGUUUUGAAACUUCACUGACGUUGGCGUCCGAGUGACAGCUUUUGUGUUUGACACAGCGUCGAAAAGGUUAAGUGAAUGUGUUGUAUUAUAAUAUUUAGAACACCCUACUUACAGAAUUGACCUAAUAGGUAGUGUAAGAGACAUUGUCACAAAUUAUUUAGUGCUGAUAGGCCAAGCAAUAAGAAGGUAUAGAGGGAAAUGCUAGGAACACAAUUUUUUACUUAGCUUUGUUUGGACGAGUUAGGUUUCGGAAAAACCGAAAAAUGGAACCUUCAAACCCCCCUCUCCCCCCAGCACCAGGGUUAUGGCUGGGGACUUUUGAUAUGUUCACCUCCUAACUAGUCCAAACAAAGCUACGAAGUCAAAAAUUGUGUUCCAAGCAUUUCUCUCUAUACCUUUCUUGGGCAUUUAUUUUCUGGCCUAUGAGCUUAGUUAGAUAUUUUGCAUUAUGAUUCUGUAUUGUGAUCACCAAGACUAAUCAACUAGCUUUUAGAAUUAGGCAAAUUAGGAUGAUAGAAGCAGUAGAUAAUUAGAAUUUGUAUCUUGAAUCGACAAUAGUAUAUUAAGUAGGUAAAAUCUCACGUUUAUAAUGGGGUUUCUAUUGUAUAAUAUCUAUUACCAUACCUGAAUGGGGUUGCAAGGUCUAUAUACAGUACCGGCCAAUAAUAUAUCACCUAGUGUUUUUGUAUGAGCUUGUAUAGAGUAAACAAUAUAGGUUAGUUUGUAGAUUGCAUAUUUUAUUAGUCAUAUUAUACAAAUAUAUGAUGAAUAUUGCAAUGAAAUACUGUGAUUUACAAUACAAUACUCAGCAUAUUACUAAAAAACCUCUGGCAAAAAAAUUAAGUUAACAAUACAUUUAAAAAAAAACUGGAAAAGCUAUGAGACCAUUUUCUCUCAUAGCCCGUAUAAAGGAAUACUACUAGGCUACCUAAAGCAGUAAGGUGGGAGUCACUCACAAAUAAUAAUAAAAAGUUAUACCGUAAAAACAUGGAGGUGAUAUAUUAUUGGCCGGUACUCUAUUCAUAUUCAACGGGAACAUUUCUUAUUACUGGCGUUAAUUUGUUCAUUGGGGUGAUUUAGAUCAAACUAAAAGAUACAGUGAAAACUUCUUUUUCACCACACCAGCUGGUAAAGGCUCUCUUGAUUGUUCAAAAACUGAUGAGAAAGUUGCAUUUUAUCCACAUGUAUGCAAAUUUUGAGCUGUUUCCUUAUGUUAGCUAGUAGAAUUUACUUUUAAAUGAUGAUUUUGAAUGAU